AUGCGCCGCUCGAGUACGGACGAGUCCACGUACCGGCGCAGCCCGUCGCCGCCGGGCAAGGAGCCGGGCUUCGCGCACGGCGGCCCCUUCUUCGGCCUGCACGCCAGCCCCGGCCCCAAGGCGGCCCAGGCUCGCUACACGUCGCCCAAGGGCAACAAGUACGUGGUCUUCUAUCUGGACCUGUCCUUCAUCUUCCUCCUAGAGCUGAAGCGCUGCAGCAUGGCGCGCGGUUGCCUGCAGGGCGUCAAGUACCUCAUGUUUGCCUUCAACCUGCUCUUCUGGCUGGGCGGCUGCGGCAUCCUCGGCGUGGGCAUCUGGCUGGCGGCCACGCAGGGCAACUUCGCCACCCUGUCCUCCUCCUUCCCAUCGCUGUCGGCCGCCAACCUGCUCAUCGUCACUGGCACCUUCGUGAUGGCCAUCGGCUUUGUGGGCUGCAUCGGGGCCAUCAAGGAGAACAGAUGCCUUCUGCUCACCUUCUUCGUGGCGCUGCUGCUGGUGUUCCUGCUCGAGGCCUGCAUCACCAUCCUCUUCUUCGCCUACACUGACAAGAUCGACAAGUACGCCCAGCAGGACCUGAAGAAGGGCCUGCACCUGUACGGCACCCCGGGCAACGUGGGCCUCACCAACGCCUGGAGCAUCAUCCAGACCGACUUCCGCUGCUGCGGGGUCUCCAAUUACACCGACUGGUUUGAGGUCUACAAUGCAACGCGCGUGCCCGACUCCUGCUGCCUGGAGUUCAGCGAGAGCUGCGGGCUGCACGCGCCUGGCACCUGGUGGAAAGCGCCGUGUUACGAGACCGUGAAGAUGUGGCUCCAGGAGAACCUGCUGGCCGUGGGCGUCUUCGGGCUGUGCACGGCCCUGGUGCAGAUCCUGGGCCUGACCUUCGCCAUGACCAUGUACUGCCAGGUGGUGAAGGCGGACACCUACUGUGCGUAG